AUGGCGUCACCUGAUGGAAGCUACACGGUCAAAACAGCUUACCACAUGCUUGCAUCUGAGGUGCUUCAUUCUUCUCCUUCUUCCUUUGGUGGGAUGGCUGGGAAUGUGUGGAAAGGAAUUUGGAAGAUCAAAACUCCCCAAAAAAUCAAGCACUUCAUUUGGAGAGCGGCAAAGGGCUCACUACCCACAAAGCAAAACCUGAGCGUGUUUAGAUCUUUCUUGGAUCUCUUUGAGGCUGUUUUGGAGCUGGGUUUUGCCUUCAACGUUGCUGUUUUUGCCACAACCACAUGGAGUCUAUGGCAGUUUCGGAAUAGGCUUUGCGAGCACCAGCCAACGUGGCCCCUUUAUGAGGUCCCUAGUCCAGUUUCACAAUCACCUUGGGCUGGCUGGUCCCCACCACCAGAGGGUGUUUACAAAGCAAAUUUUGACGCGGCAUUGUUUAAGCAUUGCAACUAUGCCGAACUUGGAGUGGUGGUAAGGGACUGUAACGGCGAUGUGAUAGCAGCUUUGAGCCAAAGAAUCGCGCUACCACAUUCAGUAGAGCACGCUGAAGCUCUAGCGGUAAGCCGAGCCGUUACACUAGCUAAGGAGCUGUGUCUAUCUCAAAUGGUUUUUGAAGGAGAUUGCCAAAGGGAGGGUAAUAAAAUAGCUCAUGCCCUAGCUAGAAGAGCAGUUCUAACUGCAGAUAUUGAUGUUUGGGUAGAAAAGCUACCCAAUGAUGUGGGUGAUGUAUUCCAUUCUAAAAUUAUUCAAUAA